UCCGUGCAUUCAUAUAUGACUUCCCGCAAGUGUAAUUAUUUUGCUUUCAACGUGAAAGGUUUUUGGGUUACACCUUUCAAACCUAACUGUGACGACAAUGACAAUCACUCGAGUACACUUGUUUUCAGUGCUGUGGAAGUGAUCGGGAAGCAAAAUAACACGUGCGUCAUUCCACCUUUACCGGAACCCAGGAUUGGACUCACGGUGUCCCGAUUGAAGAAAUCCGUCAUCGCAUGUGGAGGAUUCUUUCAUCACGACAGGUCAGCGUGUUAUCAAUACUUUCCGGUGUUAAGAAGAUGGGUGCACACAACCAACUUGCCUACGUCAACGUCUUACCUGGCCUCUGUGGGUGAGGGAUAUUAUUUGUACGUGGUUGGAGGACGGUUUUGGGACCAUCAAUCGAGCGAGUUAAAUUACUUAAACGCCACUUGGCAAUACAAUGCCAUCACCAGAAUAUGGAACCCAUUACAUGAUUUAGAGACUCCUACUGCGGAUGGUUGUCUCCUGGCUCUGCAUGGAGAUCUGAUCUUUGUUGGAGGCUCAAUUGGUCGUUACCGUUACGAAUCGGAGCCCAGUAAUGUUUGGGUUCUGAGAAAGGGAGCCUCUAGUUGGGAGAAGAAUUUAGUGAAACCCCUUUUGGCGCCCAGAAUGUGGCAAUCUUGUCUUAUUACGAACUAUGCCUCCCAGAUUGGAAUCAUGGUGGUCGGAGGUUACUACAACGGCAUUUCAGCUAUGUUCCUUCCUUUGACCGAGUUCCAUCAAGCCAAAAGGGGUGCAUUGUCUACGGAUUGGCAAUGGGUUGGAUCACUCCCGGAGGACCGGAAAUGGGGCCCCGCUUUAGGUUUGGUCAAUGGCAUAUUAACCGUGGCAGGUGGACAAGACUAUGGGGACAAUACCAUUGACGAAUUGAGUGAAGAAAAUUCUUUUUGGAGACGAUCUACAGGGAAGACUCUGAAAUGGAAACGAGAGUUCUCGUCCCAUGUGACGGUCCCAAGUUGGUGGUUUCCAGCAUGUGGAUUGGACUUUUAGAUCUAUGAUUAUGAAUAAUGCCCUCUCUGGAAGAGCACGAUCACUUUGAAUGGUUGUUAUCGCCAUCCGUGGAUAUUCCAUGAGAUGAAUUAUGAUUGAGGAAAUGACACCGAUGAGAAACAAGUUGAAAACA